CUGCAAAUUGUUUCCUGGUUUGACGACCCCUGUGAUACCGCCCUGCUUGACUUGAUUCCCUACCUGAAAGGCUUGGCGACAGCUCCCAGUGUGAUUACUUACCUCCAGACCUGUCCACCGCCAUCCUCGGCUGCAAUUGCCCAACCGGAACCCUCUUCCUGGCUCUACGCGCCCUCUGGUAUGAACGGCGUCUACGAUGAUGAGGAUGACGAGGAGGAUGUUUCGAUUGACCAGGAGCAGGCAUCAACACAAGAUCAACAACAGCCGGGAGGCGCG